AAGCCAACCCUAGCUUGCAAACCAGCUAAGCGAAAAUGGCCGCGCCGCUACUUGCAAAGAAGAUCGUAAAGAAGAGGGUCAGGAAGUUCGGGAGGCCACAGGGCGACCGCAAGAUCGCUGCCGAGGAUUUCCGUAUUUUUCCUUUGCCCAAGCUUGCAUAGUGCAUACGAUUCUGCCUCGGGGGGCUCGUAGGGUUUCCUCUAUCUUUCUUUGUUCACUCCAAGUUUUGCACCAAUGGCGAGAUACCGAAGCCGGAGCAGAAGCUACAGCCCACGCCGGAGAAGCAGAACCCCACCGCGUGGACGCAAGCGGUACGACGAUGAACCUCGUGAUCGCUACCGUGACAGCAGGUCCUACAGGGACCGCCGCUCUCCUGCUCCUUCAGGCUUGCUUGUCCGUAAUCUUCCGCUAGAUGCUAGGCCUGAAGAUCUUAGGGGCCCCUUUGAGCGCUAUGGCCCUGUGAAAGACGUAUAUCUUCCUAAGAAUUACUACACUGGUGAGCCCCGGGGCUUUGGCUUUGUGAAAUUCCGGUAUGCUGAGGAUGCUGCUGAAGCAAAGCAACAACUUAAUCAUACUGUUAUUGGUGGACGUGAAAUAAGAAUUGUGUAUGCUGAGGAAAAUAGGAAAACUCCUCAAGAAAUGCGUACAAAUGCUCGUGUAAGUGGUCGUUAUGGAGGAAAUGGUAGGAGGAGAACUCCCACAAGGUCCCCAAGGCGCCGAUAUCGAUCCUACUCAAGGUCUCUAUCACCAGCUGAGGAUCACACAAGGGAUCAUAGGGACAGGGAUGAUUAUUAUUCUCCUGAGCGAUCAAGAUCUUAUUCCAGGUCUCCUUCACCUCGUGCAAGGAAGGGUUACAGGAGGUCCCCAACUCCGAGGGAGAAUGGUCGGAGUCCUGAUGACAGGAGGGAUCAUUCGCGGAGUAGAUCAGAGAGUCCCAGGGGUAAUGGUGGCAGUCCCUCAGGGUCUCGUUCACGGUCGUACAGUCCUCGUUGAUUGGCCCGUAGGCAUAUCAUUUCAGGGUGGCGCUGUGUCUAGUCUUUCCUUGAAGGGCCGUACAAGUAGUAUUUUGAGAGGCAGCGAUGUUAAUAUAUCUUACAUCUUAGUCUGUAGUUGAUGACUAUUUUGGGUUUUGUGUUGGAGGAGGCUGCUUUACUAUUUGAACAGUUGCUUACAUCCUUGUUCACGAUUUCAUUACCAAUCUACAUGGAAGACUAUCAGUGAGUUAUCUAGCCGUUGGCGAAUUUUCCCUC